AAACGACUGAAGCGGCGUGGACCUCGAUUAACUGGAGUGAGCAAGCAACGGAAAAAGGCUAACGCGCGGGAAAGAAAUCGCGUUAGCAUCCUGAACAACUAUAUUCAACUUCUACGGACUCUUAUUCCUGAACCAGAGAAGAGAACAACAAAGUUUGAUGUGAUUAUUGGAGCUGCUGCGUACAUCUCACAGCUUACGGAGAUUCUGCAAGGGGAUAAUGAUACCGACGUCAGGGAUCCUGAAGACUUUGUUGAAAUGGAGACGGAGCUGAAUUAAAACGUUCCAUGGUCUCAGCCAGAAGAACUCAUAUAUCAAACGUUUAGAGGACUUUUUAGUCAAUCUUAGUUAAUUUAAUUCAUUUAGUUCUAAUACGGCUAAUAAUAGCUCAUUAAUGAGAAGUCCUUCCGGAGAAGAAUAUGACUUCGACGUCGCGAAUGAGAGAAAGAGGUCGACACUUUCAUGGUAUCCAUGUAAAAUAUUCUGAAACUCCUUAUUCGAGGUUAUCAAGGAAUUGAAAGUUCCAUUUUCAACAAAAGGAAUUCAUUUGUAACACCAAAUGAUUAGCUUAAAAGGGAAAAAAAAGGAAGACGGUCUAUUUCUUUUUCACGCCGACUCACAGUGGAAAAGUUGUUAAGCUGAGCGUUUGAAAUAAAAAUUAUCAAAAUGCAUAAGUAUAAGUGAAUGUUAAUGCUAAUAAAUGAUGAUACGGUGAAAUGGUUUGCUGUCAUUUAUUCAAAUUUGCUGUGGCUGGUUUAACUUUAAAGAAGUAACAGCGCCCCACAGUUUCCGAAAGCACUUGAAAAGAUCUUAGUCAAAAAACGUCUUAACUCGUUACCAGGCCCUUAAAAUCAACCCACUGAAUUGGCCCAAACAACAAAAUUUUAUUUAGAGUUGCAUGAUUUUAAACGAAAAGAAAUUUAUGAGUUAUAAACCCGUUUUCGAAUGGCUGCACACAAGAAUUUUCUACAGUUGUUUGAGGUAAGUAUAGUAAAAGGACUCAGGCUGUGAAAUUGCAAAAAAUUUGUAAACAUUAAAGAACCGGUUAGCGGUUAAGCUUACCCUUGGGCUAAAGUUAUUUAUAUCUCACAACGUUAGUAAUUGUUAUGAUCGAGAACGGAUAAUUAUCUUCGCUAUGAAACUGGCUAUCCUAAGCUGAUUAAAGCUUUUUUGGUUCAACUUUGAUGCAGUUAAUUCUAUUGAGUUCCAACUUUUUAUCGUGGUGACGAAAAAUAACGGCGUGACCAUUCAAAUGGAACGUCUUUGCCAGAACUUUUACAUAGUUGUAUUUAUUUGUCGGUAUUUUACAAUAGAAAUCAUAAAUCAUUUUUCUCGUCUUCAUACUUGGGCCUCUUCUUGGAGCGAAAAGGUUAAUCAAAGGGAAGAGGCUCACUGCAUCUUUGCUCAAUCUCGCAAAUCAGUUUGACACCCAUUUUAAAAUGUAUCACUUCGGCCUCUUUCAAAACCACUCGAACGGAAAAGACCCUUAAAGAUAAAACUGCAAGAGUAUUAUGACCGAUACUUAAAUAAUUAGUUUUUAAUUUGCUAAACCUAAACCUCUAAGAUCGAGUGAAACCUUUUUUAAUAGCAUUGCCGAAGUUUGUUAGCGGCGGAGGGAUAGGUGACGCUGGCGACGGAGAUCGAGUAAGUGGUGCACUUCAAGAAUUUGUUUUGAAAGAGUUUUAAAUUCUUUACCCCCUGGUUAACUUUCAAAUACGUUUCCCGCUGAGAAAGUCAAGGAGACCAAAGUAAUUUCGACAAGUUCUUUCUAUUAUUUAUUCAAGGACUGAUAGAUAACAACAUCAGAAAAAAACAGAGUUAUAAAAGUCUGCCGGCUUUACAGGCCACGAAUUUGCACCGUUGACCGUCAGAUAACAAUCGGUAAGAUCUUUGUUUAUAGUUUAUCUUGAAUGCAUUAUGUAUACUAACCACUAGCUGAACUGCACGUUUAGAGACUUGUUAAAGUUACUCCAUUUUUCCAAUCGAUUAUCCUGUGCCGCCACUGUUAUGCAAUUACUAGAAUGCAUACCGAUUUCAACUAACAAACACAGAUUUCUUAACUUCUUUGCCAAAUUUCCAAGUACUAUAUAAAAAAAAUGAUAGAAAAUUUCUUGGACAGAAUUUAACGGGAAGCGCAUAUAUAAAAGUCGAGUUUUGUCAGUAUCUUUGACGAAGAAAUUUAACCCAAAAUUAAAUUUCAGACUGACAUAUUUGACAAAAAAUGACGUUGCAUUUUGUUACCAUGUUUACUUUUAAUGGCUCAAAGGGGUACACCUCCUAAACAGAGGAACGUAACAGAAAUUAGUAACAUAUUACAGGCCUAAGGCCUUAUUUUAAAGUUAGGCUGGCGAUAUAGUUUUAGUUACUAUCCAAGUACACGUCAGAGAUCGCUUUGUCAAACAAAGAAUUUGGUUUUCAUAUGACUACGGUUACUAACGUUAUUGUUUAAAACAGUUGUUGAUUGUGGCAGGUCGAGACUAAUCCGUUGGCCCCCCGAAGUACGUGAUAUUUGGCUUAUUUAAAGUGGAUUGCUCUCUCCUACCUUUAAGUUCCUAAGUAAUUAAGGUACCUUUAGGUGCAGUAAUUUUUAAAACGACAAACCGAGCUGCAUCGAUAAUAGAUCGGAGCUCAAAAGCCAACCGACGAAAUACUCCGACGUGUCGACGGCACAGGCCACGAGAGACUCUGGUUUGGCAUAUUUUACGACUUCUACCAGAAAAUCUUGUUUUCAUCCAGAGACAUCGACAAUUAAAUUAGGACACAUCUUCAAAGCUAGGGUAAGGCCCUUAGUUAUGCAUUGUAUGUCCAACUUUCAAACAAAAUUGAUGAAGACCUGCCGUGUGAAAAUGCUACCGUCCCGUGGUUCUGUUUGUUUUACAAUAAAUUGCCAACAAAAACAUGUGAAUAAAUUUGUCCAUUUUAGAACUACCUACUCGUGGGAACUAUUAUUGCUUUAUAAGUAAGAAAUGAUUAGUAUAUCCUAUUAUUAUUCCUUAUUGAAUAAUUAAAAUUCAUGAUUUGAUAUAACACGAGAAAUUCCCAUGAAAGAUCACAUGAUUUCUCUUUUUUAACACCAAAGAUUUUGUGCAAACGGUCCCUGAAUCUUCCAAAAACAACCAUAGAAUUUAACAUAGAAACGAAUGUCGUAUAUCAUCUCGCUCAGAUCUCUCACCGAUGUCAACCAUUUAACAACGCGGUACCAUUGUGUUUUGUCGGAAAGAGUCAUUGUAUGAUACCAAAUUAAAGCGGCAAUGCAGGGAACGCUAGACGUCAUGGGAAGGAUCCUUCCCACAACGCCAUGUUCACCGGCCACACAAAAGCCCAUGACUGACGUCAGAACGACUCAAAUGAGACCACAGAGACUAAUAACAUUGAGUAGCCCUGGUCGCCAUGGAAAUGAUAACUGGAUUACCUUAAUUCGAUGUCUGCGGUUUUGAUCUCGGCGUUUAAAAUGUAUUGUUGACGUUUUACUAUUACAACCUAAAGCCGUAACCUUUAAAGUCUUUCGGAUGGAAUCAUUAAGUAUAGACACUUGAUGAAAAUUGUCUGAUAAUGGUAUGAAGCCUCAAAGUGUUAGUUAGAGCUGAUGUGCCGUGCUCUCCUGUAUUACUCUUCGUUUUUGACAUAGAAGGUACCAAUCGUACAAAACGUUUCUUGGUAAAAUUUGAUUUAUUAGAUUGCAAAGGCGGUUCCGAUUUUUUAUACCGCUUUCGCUAAAAAAAAAAAAAAAGAAUGGCCAAUAUCUCGUUGUCUCGUUUAUGGUUUGGCUAUCGAGCCGACUAACGGAAAACUUGGACAUUUGAAUCUUGUUCGAUAUCAAUGACAUGUUCCAUCUUUUACCGAUGCAGGCGUUCAAAAAUGGUUAAUUCUACCCUGGGGGGUAUGGAGGUCAUGUCCACCUGUGUUCCUGUGUGCAAGCUAGAGACUCCAAAAGUCCCGAACCCACUGGUGCAAGGAAGAAAAAGACAUCGAAGGCGGGGACCGAGGUUAACAGGCGUCAGCAAGCAAAGGAAAUCAGCAAACGCGCGAGAGCGAAAUCGCGUGCGUGUUAUUAACAACGCCCUGGAAAAAUUACGAGACCUAAUUCCGCUGCUGCCCACUGAAAAACGACCUUCUAAGAUAGAGACAGUUAGGCUUGCUGCCCUGUAUAUCCAUCACUUGACGGAACUUUUG